GUGCUCGUCCGGGGGAAACGGCGGGUCCAAUUGCGAUGCACGGCGCACUACGAAUCGCUUCUAAUCUCUUCCUCGCUGCAGGGCAGUACAGACAGCGGCGAUAAGCCGGCUGCUCCGCGACCUAGACACUUGAGAGUCCUUACCGAAGAGACGUGAAGUGUAUGCCGCGCACCCGCAGUGCGUCACGCGUGCUCGCGGUGCAUGCGCGACGGCACACGCGCUGUGCCGCCCUGAGGCUCAGAUCCAUCCCUCCAUUCGUCGUCGCUCGCACUUUCUUCGCGAACCCUCCGCCCGCACCCGUCGCGUCCCGUUCCCGUCACGCGUGCUCGCGGCGGUGUGUGCCCACAGGCACACCCCGCUGUGCCAGGCCCUGAGGCUCAGAUCCAUCCAUCCAUCCCUGCGACAGCCCCAGCCGCACGCGUGCAGCCUUCUCACGUGGCGCAGCUCCGACGAAACCUGCCCCGCUGCCCCGUCUCCUCGGAUUCCCCCAGCCAGUGGCGGUGGAAGAGCAGAGGAGAAUUGACGAGGAAGGGCGAAGCGAGAGGCAGGGGUGGGGGCGGUGACACGGGCGGGGGGAGGGAAAGACCGCGGUUCGGGGGAGGAGGGUUUCGGGGGAAAGGCGGGCGGGAGCGGAGGGUGCGUGGUGGUUAGUGGCAGAGGCGGAGCAGGGAGCAGUGGAGGAAGGGCGCGUGGGAGGGAAGCAUGGAAGGCGUGGGCGAGGGAAGGCGGCACUAGACGAGACUGCAGUUGACUUGGCAGCUGGCUGGUUGGCAGCUGAUUGGUUGGCAGCUGAUUGGUUGGCAGCUGGUUGGUCGGUAGCUGAUUGGUUGGCAGCUGAUUGGUUGGCAGCUGAUUGGUUGGCAGCUGAUUGGCCGGCAGCUGAUUGGUUGGCAGCUGAUUGGUCGGCAGCUGAUUGGUUGGCAGCUGAUUGGUUGGCAGCUGAUUGGUUGGCAGCAUCGAUAUUGGCGGCGACUUGAAGCUCGCUCGGCGCGUGUUGGAGUUGAGCGCUGCCAUGGGCAGCGACGAGGGCGACGGGGGGGGGUUCGUUCCGCCCGCUGAAAGUGAGCCGUGGGUGCCCCCCCUAGCGGCGCAGCAGUGGGGGCAGACGACCACAGCUGGCAUUGUGGCAGGGAUGAUGCUGGGGGCCGGCAGGGAGGCCGCCAGGACGGAGGCCUCCUCCCCAUUCUCAACCCAUCAAAGCCACCAUGCCCGCCACACAGCCCCACCCUCCACGACUGCAGCACCUCCACACAGUGCCCCCCAUGCCCGCCCCUCCUCGCGGUAUGCAGCAGCGCGCCUGGCGGCAGAGCGAAGGCUGGUGCGGGUGGUUCGGGGGUCGGUGGUGGGAGGCGUGCAGCUGGGCGUGCUGGCAGGAGUAUUCUCAGGCGCACAGAUGGGCCUUUUGGCACUUCAACUGGGCGGGAGGGAGGGGGUUGGCGGUGGCAGCACCAGCUCUAACAAUGGCAGUAGCAGUGGCAGAAGCGGGGAUGAAGGGAGAAGGGACAGGGAGAGGGGCAGGGGAAGGGGAUGGCAGGGGGAGGAAUUGUGUGAGCCUGACGUGGCAAGCACAGUGGGUGCUGGUGCUGUGACAGCUGGCCUCGUGGGAUUGGUUGCCACCCGAGCCGCGCCUCUCUGUCGCCUCAGGUCGGCAGCACUCCACACUGUGGCUGGCGCUGUCCUCGCCCUUCCCCUGGCCCUCCUGCACUCGAGUCUCCACUCCUUGCUGCCCCAGCCUUCCCUUGACUCGCCAGGAGGGCAGCACAGCAUGGCAGCACCCGACAGGAGCAGCCAGGUGGGACAAGGAGCUCAGGUGGAUUCCCAGGUGGGCAGUGCCAGCAGCAGCAGCAGCGGGGUGGCGGGUGCCAUUCAGCGCAUGGAGGAGCGCUUUCUGAGGUCGUUUGGGGGCGUGGGGAGCACAGAUGGUGGAGGGAAAGAGGGCGACGCGAGUGAGGGCGGAGGGGUUGAGAACAGAAGUACCAGUGAGGGGGCAAAAGGGGAGGUUAGAGGGAGGAGUGAUGGGCGGGAUGGCGAGGGGGAGGGAUCUGCUAGUGGGAGGUGAAGGGAACAAACGGAGGAGGCAGGGAAGCGGGGUGCCCUGCGUGAUAAGCAACAAGGCUGAUUAGAAGCCUUCAUUUUAGGUCUGUCCAAUCCAAGCCCCUUGAGUGCUGCGAGCGUGAUUUUCACUUAAUUGCAUCAAUCACGUUUGGAAACGGUACCGUAUGCCCGGAUAGAAGACCCUGUCAAACUACCGUAAUCCCCGGUAUAUAACACCCUAUGGUGUAUAUAAAAAUUCACUAAAAAAAUGACUGGGUUUUA